UCUCAUACAUGGACCGAAAUCAGCUGACUGAGGAAGAAAGUAGUCGUAGAGUAAAUAUCAUGGGACUACUGCUGAACUGUGCGGUUUUCUUGCUGGUUGUUAUUGUUUGUAGCGGAUGGCAAGAUGAUGGGAACUAUGACGGGAGACUGAGUGAUUCAGAUCCCAUCUCCUUGUGGCCUCUGCCACAGAAAAUCCAGAUAUCAGCAGUUGCUUUCAAACUCAGCGCGUCUUCUUUCCAAAUAAGUCACGCCAAAGAGUCCUCGGCCGGCCCAGGGUGCAACCUUCUGCAAAAUGCAUUUCGCAGGUAUUUUGAGUAUAUGUUCGGCAGCGUAAAAAAUGAAGCAAAACCCCGAAAGAAGGUCUUUAGCUCAGAAUUAACGGAGCUUCAAGUUUGGAUCACAUCAGCUGACCCGGAGUGUGACGGUUAUCCCAGUCUGAAAUCAGACGAGUCAUACGAGCUCUCUGUGGACCAGCCCAGCGCUGUACUGAAAGCGUCCAAUGUCUGGGGAGCUCUGAGAGGUUUGGAGACUUUCAGCCAGUUGGUAUAUGAAGAUGACUAUGGCGUCAACAUUAUCAAUAAGACAAGCAUUGUGGACUUUCCUCGUUUCGCUCAUCGAGGGAUUUUAUUGGACACUUCUCGCCAUUAUCUGCCACUCAGAGUCAUCCUAGCCAAUCUGGAAGCCAUGGCAAUGAACAAGUACAACGUUUUUCACUGGCAUAUUGUGGAUGAUCCGUCCUUCCCCUACUUCAGCCGCACAUUCCCUGAACUCAGUCAGAAGGGAGCCUUCCACCCAUACACACACGUGUACACACCAGCAGAUGUGAAGAUGGUCAUCGAGUUCGCUCGCAUGAGGGGAAUUAGGGUCAUACCUGAGUUUGACACUCCAGGACACACACAGUCAUGGGGCAAAGGUCAGAAGGACCUUUUGACUCCAUGUUAUUCAGGUUCUAGCCCAUCUGGUACCUUCGGUCCCGUAAACCCCAUCCUUAACACCACGUAUGAGUUCAUGGGACGCUUCUUUAAGGAGGUCAGCACCAUGUUCCCUGAUGCGUACGUCCAUCUGGGUGGAGAUGAGGUCGAUUUUUCUUGCUGGAAAUCCAACCCAGACAUUCAGAAGUUCAUGGAGGAGCACGGUUUUGGCCACGAUUACAGCAAAUUGGAAUCCUACUACAUCCAGCGGCUCCUGGACAUUGUGUCUUCCACCAAUAAAGGUUACAUGAUCUGGCAGGAGGUCUUUGACAAUGGAGUGAAGCUGAGACUGGACACACAGAUCCACGUGUGGAAGGGCAGUAAAGAUCAGUAUGAGACUGAGAUGGCGCGAGUGACCGGGGCGGGUUUCCACGCUCUCCUCUCAACGCCCUGGUACCUCAACCGAAUCAGCUACGGCCAAGACUGGCAUGGCAUUUACACUGCCGACCCACACAGCUUCAACGGCACAGAGGAGCAGAAGAAGCUUGUGAUUGGUGGAGAAGCUUGUCUCUGGGGAGAGUAUGUGGAUGCCACUAACCUCACUCCUCGACUAUGGCCAAGAGCCAGUGCUGUGGCAGAGAGAUUGUGGAGCGACAAGGACGUAAAAGACAUUGGCAAUGCCUACGGUCGUCUGGCCCAACACCGCUGCCGCAUGGUUCAGCGAGGGAUUCCAGCUGAGCCCCUGUUUGUGGGGUACUGUCGUCACGAGUACAAAGGCCUGUGAUGACCAUUAGAGAAGCACUAAAAGAACAAAGGGAAACACACAAGAUAAUCAAAGUUUCAACACCAGUCAGAGAUUACCUUCAUCUCACGCAUAGUAUUCUCUUUCUCUCUAUCACCUGUGCUGUGUGCAAAAAUCUGAACCUGAAGUUAUUCUUUUAAAAUUCAUACACCAGCUUUCUGAAGUCCACAAAUGUUGUCUUUUUUUUUUUUUUAGGUUUUGGAAUGAUCAUUUGAUAUAGAUAAAUGUUUGUAUAAAUAAAGUUCACAAAAGUGG